AUGUGGAGCGCCGGCGGCAGCCUGCUCCAGUCGCUGCCCCGGCUUCUGCAGUACACCGCCGCCCUCCCGGGCCACGCCGAGCCGCCGCCGCCGGCCGGCUGGGCCCUGCCGCGGGCGGCAGGCGGGGACGGCCCGGCUGAGCGCCUGCCCCCGCGCGGGGGCGGAGCGAGCGCCGCGGCGGCGGCAGCGGCGCCGGGAGCCCUGCUCAGCGCCUGUCUGGAGCGCCACGCUCCGCUCGACGCCUCAGAUCUGCCGGGGCCGGGCGGGGCGUUAGCGGGCGGCGCCGUGGUGGUCGACGUGGCCGAGGUGAGAAGCUGGCGCUGCUGCUGCCUCGGCAGCACCUGUUGGUGCCGGAGCCUGGUGCUGGUCUGCGUGCUGGCCGCCGUGUGCUUCGCUUCCCUGGCCCUGGUCCGCCGCUACCUGCAGCACCUCCUGCUCUGGGCCGAGAGCCUCGACUCGCUGCUGGGGGUCCUGCUCUUCGUCGUGGGCUUCAUCGUGGUCUCGUUCCCCUGCGGCUGGGGCUACAUCGUGCUCAACGUGGCGGCCGGCUACCUGUACGGCUUCGUGCUGGGCAUGGGGCUGAUGGUGGUGGGCGUCCUCAUUGGCACCUUCAUCGCCCACGUGGUCUGCAAACGGCUGCUCACCGCCUGGGUGGCCGCAAGGAUCCAGAGCAGCGAGAAGCUCAGCGCAGUCAUCCGCGUCGUGGAGGGGGGCAGCGGCCUCAAAGUGGUGGCGCUGGCCAGGCUCACCCCCAUACCUUUCGGGCUGCAGAACGCAGUGUUCUCGAUUACUGAUCUUUCCUUACCCAACUAUCUGGUGGCAUCUUCAGUUGGACUGCUUCCUACCCAGCUCCUGAAUUCUUACCUGGGUACCACCCUGAGGACCAUGGAAGAUGUCAUUGCAGAGCAGAGCGUUAGUGGAUAUUUUGUUUUUUGUUUACAGAUUAUUAUAAGUAUAGGCCUCAUGUUUUAUGUAGUUCAUCGAGCCCAAGUGGAAUUGAAUGCAGCUAUCGUAGCUUGCGAAAUGGAACUGAAAAGCUCUCUGGUUAAAGGCAAUCAACCGAAUAUCAGCGGCUCUCCAUUCUACAAGAGGACCCUAACAUUUUCUGGAGAUGGAGUCAAUAUUGUAUGA